AUGGGCGGAUCACCACCUUGCGGUGACUCGGUUCGAGCCGUCAAGGAUUACAAACGUCAAGCAACCACCUCUAAGAAGUGGCCUUCUCCAGUCGAAAAUGAUCACCAGAUCACUUUUUCGGCACUGGACACCAAGGGCGUCCACAUGCCACAUAACGAUCCUCUCCUUGUCGACCUUGACAUCGGUGAAUGUCUAGUCGCAAAAGUCCUUAUUGAUACCGGCAGCUCAGUCGAUCUCAUCUUUCGCGACACACUCGACAAAAUGGGAGUUGAUUUAAGGGAUAUGAAGCCUUCCUCUCGCACGCUCACCGGCUUCAACAGAGCCUCGGAGCAAAUGAUCGGGACAAUUCGUCUUCCAGUACACGCAGGUGGUAUAACCCGCACCGUCAAGUUUUCCGUCAUCCGUGCCAAAGCACCCUAUAAUGCCAUACUCGGAACACCAUGGCUGCAUUACAUGAAAGCCAUUCCUUCAACUUAUCAUCAAUGCAUCAAGUUUCCCGGAAAAGACGGCAAAACACAGACGAUUCGGGGAGAUCAACAAGCCGCGAGAGAACAGCUGAUCGCAACUGUAAAGAUGCAGCAACAAGCUUCCCUUGUCAACUCCGUCAGUAAACCACUCCACAAGAUAUACCCCCAGAAGGAGGAAGUUCGCGAAAUCGCAAUUGAUGAGUCCGACCCGAUGAAAAUCAUCCGAGUUGGCGUCUACCUUUCCGACGACAUAUGUUCAAGGAUCAUCUCUUUCAUCAAAGACAACGCCUCGACGUUCGCCUGGAAGACUUCCGACAUGACGGGGAUCGACCCCGCAGUUACCUCCCAUGAACUGCACGUUGACCCGACGUUCAAACCCAUCCGACAGAAGCGACGAAAACUCGGUCUAGAACGAUCUAAAGCCAUAAACGAAGAAGUCGACAGGCUCCUCGACGCGGCAUUCAUCACCGACAGAGGGACCUACUGCUACAAGGUGAUGCCCUUUGGACUAAAGAACGCCGGCGCGACUUAUCAGCGACUCGUCAACCGAAUGUUCGCCGAUCAGCUUGGCAACACCAUGGAAGUAUACAUCGACAAUAUGUUAGUCAAAUCGCUCAAGACCGACGAUCACCUAAACAACUUACACGACUGCUUCAAGAUCUUGAACGAUUAUGGGAUAAAGCUCAACCCGGCCAAAUGUACCUUCAGUGUCACUUCGGGAGAAUUCCUCGGCUACAUUGUCACUCAACGAGGAAUCGAAGCUAACCCCAAGCAUAUCUCGGCGAUCCUCGACCUUCCAAGCCCAAAGAACAGCCGUGAAGUCCAGCGACUAACCGGACACAUAGCAGCUCUCAACAGGUUCAUCUCGCGAUCAACCGAUAAGUGUCUUCCCUUCUACGAGAUACUAAGGGGAAAUAAGAGGUUCGUCUGGGACGAAAAGUGCGAGGAGGCGUUCAAUCAACUCAAGCAUUACCUCACAACCCCCCCAGUACUAUCGAAGCCAGAAGCCGGCGACACAUUGUCCCUCUACAUAGCCGUCACAUCCUCCGCCGUCAGCAGCGUGCUCAUUCGAGAGGAUCGGGGAGAACAGAAACCAAUCUUUUACACAAGUAAAAGGAUGACCGAGCCGGAGACGAGAUACCCAACACUCGAAAAGAUGGCCUUAGCUGUCGUCACCUCGGCCAGGAAAUUGCGACCCUACUUUCAGUCGCACACGAUUGAAGUACUGUCCAAUCAACCACUCCGAACGGUUAUGCAUAAUACUAACCAGUCAGGACGGUUGACUAAAUGGGCGAUGGAACUGAGCGAACAUGACAUCGUGUACAAGAAUCGCACAGCAGCAAAGUCGCAGGUCCUUGCCGACUUCUUGAUCGAGUUAACACCAGAGCUGGAGCAAGACCUUAUCCUACCAAGUGUAAACUGGGUCCUACACGUCGACGGUUCAUCCACGAGUAAAGGGUCGGGAGCAGGAGUGCAACUGCAAUCACCAACAGGAGAACUCAUCCGGCAGUCAUUCAGUUUUGGUUUUGCGGCGUCAAACAGAGAAGCUGAGUAG